GGACUGUCAAGGGAUAGUAUGGAUGACAAUAUACUCACUCAGCAGAAAGACAGAUUGGAAAAGGAGGUUUGCCUUAUAGUGGAAGGAAAAACUUAUAUUGUUAACGUGAAAGAAUGCAAGAUCCCUAAUUAUGUGGAUUUUAGCAGAACUUGCUACUCCAUAGCUACUGGACUUGGCCAAAAGGUAGAGGAUGAGGAUGUAGCAGCUGAAGUGGAUCUAAAAAAGGAUGACAUGGAUCAUGUGGCACUCAUCAUAGAUACCUAUGCUACAAGGAUGUCAGAAGCUGUGGGACAACUAGCUACUACAACAAUUAAUGGAGAUCAUUAA